AAACCCCUGAGGAAGAGGAGACGCCGCGGCCGAACCCCAUCCGCCACUCCCUCCCUCCUCCUCCUCCUCCCCCACUCGUGCGUCCCUCCUCGGACGCCCCCUCCCUCUUUUCUCUUCUUUCUUGCCCUUUUGUACUUAUUCGGGUGGCGGAUUCCAUCUAGAUCGGCACCCUCGUAGUCACGGUGGCGUCCGGAGAAGCCGGAUCACGCGGUGGCGGCGCCAUGAGCGCGGCGGAGGACACCGUGGCGCGGUCGCCGCUGGAGAAGCCGCUCGCCGAGCUCACCGAGGAGGACAUCGCGCAGCUCACACGAGAGGAUUGCCGCCGCUACCUCAAGGCCAAAGGGAUGCGGCGGCCGUCGUGGAACAAAUCGCAGGCGAUCCAGCAGGUUAUCUCGCUCAAGGCGCUUCUCGAGGGGCGCCCGGGCUGCAAUGAUUGUCCCGCCGGGGGCGAAAUCCUUCGGAAGUAUGUCCCUCCUCGUACCCCACCGCUCCUGGCGCCGUCUCCCCAGGAUUCUCUCUCUCCUAGGGAAGUGGGAAGAUUGCUGCCGCCGCCGAGCCCGUACCGGAGAAGAGACCCGAUCCCGACGCCGCAACAAUCUGCCGGAUCGCCGACUUCUCGGACGUCUACUGCCGUAGUAGACCACGCGGAUACGGCCUUUCCAGAGAAUAGAUUCCUCUCUGCCAGGACGACGGCGGAGCUGCCGGCCGCGGGGCAGAUGACUAUAUUCUACGACGGGUUGGUCAAUGUCUACGAUGGCGUGGCCUGCGAUCAGCGGCGUCCCUCGGCCUCGCAGGCGAAGGCCGUAUUAGACCUGGCAGGCAGCACGCCCAGCUUCGACGGCUUCGCCUCGCCGGGUGUGGCUCCCCGGUUCCCUGGGCACCUCUCCUCGGCGGCGACUGGCAGGGCGGACCACCACGCGGCGGACGGCGCGGUGGACGCGAGAGCACCGCGGGAAACAGAGCCUGAUGGUGGAACCCGCAGAAAUGCCUCAUUGAAGAGAUACUUGGAGAAAAGAAAAGAUAGGUUUAAGGGCAAGAAAGUUAUAGAAGGUCCAUCUUACUCAUGUACAGAAAAAAUGUUACUCAGUGAGAACUUCAGAUGCCCAAAUCCAAUUGAUUCUUCAGACUUGAAUAUGACAAGCCUCCCGUCAACGGUACAACAUCAACCACCUCAAUCUCCAGCUAGCUGUGCAGAAAACCAAGUUCGGAAAGACAAAUUUCUCAUAGAUCUCAAUGCUGACGGUGAUGAGGAUUGCUGAACCUGUCUAGCAUUUUGUUCAGCAACCAAGACAGCAUUUAGCUCAGCAACCAAGACACCUGUAAUUUUGCUAUUCCGAUAAGUGGAGAGGAAAACUACAAACUCAAGUUGCAGAGGUUCUCAUUCGACAUUUUUGUGGAACUAGUAUAUGCUAUAAUCUAUCGUCCUUUAUUCCUGCUUUGGAUUUCACUUAUCCAAAGGUCUUCGAUUGAUGUAUCUGUGGGAUCAUUGAUUAUUUCCUAUGCCGAUACCAGAAACAAAGUCGUCCAUUGAAGCUGAGUGAAAUAGAACAAGAUGAUGGAUGCUGCUAACCCAAGACUCGACUGUAUUGUUUAGUUAUCUUCCUGCCUGUGCAUGGCGGCAGCAUGCUCCCAUUUGGAGUUACCGACCAUCGCGAUGAUCAGAUUGACAUGACUGGCCUUCUGUCUUGUGUGGUAAAAUUUAGGUGGCGUGUUAUUUCUUUGUAUGAGAUGGUCACGGAAGUAGUUGCUUUAGCAUAUCAAUAGAAUGAGUUGCAUGACAUUAUUUGAGCUCAUAUUUCUUUGUA